AUGCCGGAAGAGCACUUAAACCCCAAUCAACUGGGUACAAAGCAAUAGUAAGUCCCCCUGCCCCUUCCCCUUCCCCUCUCCUCUCCCCCCCACCUCCAUUUUCCAGAUUUGAUGGACUGAAAAAGAAAAAAAAAAGUUGGGACGAAACCUACACCCUCGAAACUCAAAACUUCGGCGAGGACCCGACAAACGAAGGACAAGUCUGGUUCAGCGAAUCCGACGCGGAAUCCCGCAUCUUAUCUUUCUUACGACGGGUGGCCCCCGAGGCGCGCUCGUUCUUGGACAUCGGUGCUGGCAAUGGGCAUUUACUCUUUGAGAUUGUGGAGGAGGGGUCUUGGGAGGGGGGAUGGUUCGUCGGUGUGGAUUACUCCGAUGGGGCUGUUGCCUUGGCGAAGAGUAUUGCCAAGGGGCGGGGGCUGGCAGAGUGGGGGGAGGGGGAGGGGGAGAGGGAGGGGGAGGUUGGGUUUUGGGUUGCGGAUGUUAUGGCUUUAGGGGAUGGGGAGGGGGAAAUGGAAUGGGUUCCUCGGGGUGGGUUCGAUGUUUGUCUAGAUAAAGGCACGUUUGAUGCGAUCUCACUUAGCAAUGAGAGGCUACCGGAUGGGAGGAGGGUGUAUGAAGGGUACGCGGAGCGAGUGGUGCGGGUCAUGAAGGCAGGGGGUGGCUUGUUAGUUGUUACCUCUUGCAACUGGACGGAGGAAGAAUUGAAGGGGAAGAUAUUGGCUAGUGAAGGUACGUACUGGUUGCGCGCAUGGGUUGGUAUUGGGAGGGUGUUUGCUAAUGAGGAUGUAGAGCUGGAGUAUCAUGGGAGGAUAGAGUACCCAUCUUUCUCAUUCGGUGGGCAGAAGGGGCAGACCAUUUCUUCGAUAUGUUUUCGGAGGAAGUGAACUUUCCCCCCCUUAUAUGGAGUUUGAGAGUAAUCUGCGCGCUGCAUGGGAAUAGAGAGUGAAAUUAAAAUGUGAAAA